ACGACAUAGCCUAUUGCGCGGCCUACAAAUUCUUUCCCAGCUCUCUCUCUAUCAUGUCGCCAUAGCUAGGGAUACACUACCUUCUUGCGCCUUCUCUGUUCUUCUUUCUCGGCUUGCGGCGCUCGAUCUCCAAUCUUUACAGUGGAAAUCUCACUCGCGGCGGCGACGAGCGAGCUCCUAUUCUAUCGAUCGGCGCCGGCCGAUCGUCCCGCGCGCCUUGAGCGCUAGCUAGACGCGGCGGCAAGGAUGUCGCUCGACGGCGGCAAGGUCACGGAUUCUUUCCUGGUAGAUGCUCCAUUCGAGCCGGUGGAGCGAUGCUCGUCGGCGGGGCGUGAGAAGCAGACGUGCGUGGCGGAUUUCGACGGUACUCUCAUCCGCGGCCGGAGCUCCUUCCCGUAUUUCAUGCUGGUGGCGCUAGAGGGAGGAGGCCUCAUCCGGAGCGUGAUUCUUGGCCUCUUCGCGCCGCUCGCCUGGAUCCUCUACCAUUUCGUCUCGGAAUCCGCCGGCAUCCGCCUCCUCAUCUUCAUCUCCUUCGCCGGGAUGAAGGCCAAGCAGAUCGAGUCGGUGUCGCGCGCCGUGCUGCCCAAAUUCUACUCGGAGGACGUCCACAGCGAGGCCUACCGAGUGUUCUCCUCGUGCGGCAAGCGUGUGGUGGUGACCGCCAAUCCCCGGAUCAUGGUGGAGCACUUCGCCAAGACGUGCCUGGGGGCGGACAAGGUGCUGGGGACCGAGAUUGAGGUGACGAGGAGUGGCUACGCGACGGGAUUCCUCAAGCGGCCGGGAGUUCUCGUGGGGGUCAACAAGCGCAAGGCUGUGAGGCAGGAAUUCGGCGAGCAUUUGCCCCAUGUCGGCAUUGGCGAUCGAGCCACGGACUUUGCUUUCAUGGCGCUCUGCAAGGAAGCAUACGUCGUCCCACCCUCCAAAGUGGAGGCGCUGAGCCGAGACAAGCUCGUCAAGCCCGUCGUCUUCCACGACGGCCGCCUCGUCCAGCGGCCCACGCCCUUGACCGCCCUCGUCACCUUCCUGUGGCUGCCCGUCAGCUUCGUGCUGGCGGUCUUCCGGAUCAUGGUCACGGUACCCUGCCCGCGCGAGUACGUGACCAUCGUCUACAAGCUCGUCGGCAUCCGGCUCAUCGUCAAGGGGCCGAUCCCGCCGCCCAAGAAGCGGGGCGAGUCCGGCGUGCUCUUCGUCUCCAGCCACAGGACACUGUGCGAUCCGGUGUUCGUGGGGGUCGGGGCCCGGCGGGAGGUGACGGCGCUCACCUACAGCAUCAGCAGGGUGUCGGAGUUCCUGUCCCCGAUUAAGACGGUGGGCCUGUCCAGGGACCGCGAGAGGGACGCGGCCAAGAUCAAGGCGCUGCUCCAGAAGGGGGACCUGUGCAUCUGUCCCGAGGGAACCACCUGCCGCGAGCCAUUCCUUUUGCGAUUCAGCGCACUGUUCGCGGAGCUGACUGACAAGAUCGUGCCGGUGGCGCUGUGCACGAAGGGGAGCACUUUCCACGGGACAACGGUGCGCGGGUGGAAGGGGUUGGAUCCAUUCUUCUUCUUCAUGAAUCCCUUCCCGACGUACGAGGUGACGUUCCUCCAGCAGCUCCCGCCGGAGUUGACGGUCCAGCAGGGCGGCAAGAGCGCGAUCGAGGUGGCGAAUCACAUCCAGCGGGUGAUCGCGGACACGCUGGGAUUCGAGUGCACGAACUUCACCCGCAAGGACAAGUACGGGAUGCUGGCGGGGAACGACGGCACCGUGCCGGAGAGGCGGAGGAGCGGCGGCGGAGGUGGCGGCGCCGCCAAGGAUCUCCCGGAGGACGAGCAAGCGGCCCAGGGGCAAGACCAGGUAAAUGGCUGUAGCUAAGAUUGAUUUGCGAGGAUCGUGGAUCCAUGCCAUGGGUCGGGUCUCACGCGCUCCUUCGUUAUAAGUGAAUGUAAGCUAAGCUACUGGCUUGCUCUCU